AGCUAAAUUCUUAUCUUCUGAUAAUCUGACUACCCCUGACCUACUAGUUUGAGGGAUCUAAGGGAACUAAGCUCUAGUGAGACAAAAGUACUUGAGAAAGGACUAAAUUACAGUGUAACAGUGAGUAAAUUAAAACCAGAAGAUGUUAUUCCUAACAUAGAAAUAUCGCUAGCUUCAAUAGAUAAGACAACAGCAGAAGAGGUUCGAACACAAUGUGCAUUAACCCUUGAAAAUCAAAAGAAGGCAAAAAUAAACUUAACAAAAUCGGAAAGAGAAGCUUUAAUUAGUCUUAAACAGGAUAAAAAAAAUAUUGUCAUCGCAAAAGCUUACAAAGGAAACGUCACUGUAGUUUUGAAUAAAUCUGACUAUAUCAAAAAAGUUAUUGAACGUAUUCAAACGGGUCCAUAUGAAGAAAUUAAGAAGCCUGUAGACACAAUAAUGAAUAAGGUCAAGAAAUCUACAGCGGAACUAAUGCGCAGAAUGAAGUCGUCACUGGGUGAGUCAAAAUGGUUUAAUUUAAUGCCUAAAACUAAUAAUACUAGUAGAAUAUAUGGUACUAUUAAAAUACAUAAGCCAGGUUACCCCAAACGAUCAAUAGUAGAUUUUAGAAAUACCCCAACUUAUGAAUUAUCAAAACACUCAGCUCUAAUACUAUGCCCCAUUAGAAAUCGUUCAAACUCUAGAUUAACUAACUCAUAUGAAAUGAAAAAUAAACUAAAUGACAUUCAACUAGAGACUGAUGAAACAAUGGUUAGUUUUGAUAUAACUAGUCUUUAUACAAAUAUACCAGUCAAUAUGGCCUUAGAAGCAGUUAAAAAAGAACUAACUACGGAUCCUGAACUCAAUCAUAGGAUAAAGCUGCCCAUUAAAGGAAUUAUUUUAGGGAUUCAGUUAUGCCUCACAUUUACUAUCUUUAAAUUCCAAGGCAAAAUAUAUAGACAAACAGAAGGUGUAGCAAUGGCAUGGAUCACCAAUAUCCCCCAUCGUAGCAGACAUAUUUAUGGGCAGCUGGGAAAAUAGCGCGCUUAAUACAUUCAAUCCUACUCCAAAAAUAUGGUGGAGAUAUGUGGACGACACUUUCACUCACAGUGUUAAAAACAGAACAUAUCUCUAGCUUCUUGACACACAUAAACUCACUAGUGGGGGGAAUAAAAUUCACAUUUGAAGCAGAAAAUGAACAAGGAGAAUUAGCUAUGUUAGAUUGUAUGAUAAAACGAAUAGAAGAAGGUGAACUGCACACUAGUGUUUAUGAAAACCCAACUCAUUCUAAUAGAUAUCUAAACUUUAAUUCAUCUCAUCCGUUAACUGUUAAGACAAGCUUAUUUAAGUGCAUAAAAAACCGAGCAGCUGCACUAAUUUGUACAAAAAAAAACCUAAAUGGUGAGGUGAAACAGAUA